CUAACUAUAUAAGGGCUAUUGAGCUGAAGGGAGGAAGCCGCCAGCGGCCAGCUCUAGUCUUCUCAGACUCCUAUCCCCAGGGCUCUUUGCUCACCCGCACAGUCCCUCCAGGAUCGCACCCUGGAAGAGGAGCAAACACAACAAAGGGCGGAGGAGAGCCUGGCCGACCGAUCGACAUCCCACAAAACGCGAUGACAGGACCCCAGCACACCACUCGGCGAUGGUGCCAAGCGUCCUCCCUUCGGUCCAGAAAACAGGCCACCUUUGAGACUUGCUCCCUGGGCGGGGAGGAAGCGCGGAGCCCCCGGGUCGGGCUGAGAGCUUACGUAAGCCCAACCGGCGGCUGUGCCCGAGUCUCCCAAGGGUGGGCGCUGAGCCCCCGGCCCGGACGGGCCUCCCUCCGGCCCGCUCCCCUGCGUCUCAGCCGGGGACCACCGGCCCGGCGCCCGCGGCGUCCGCGCUGGGCGGGGGCGUCCUCCCGCAGCCACCCAGCUUCCCGGGGGAGGAGCAGCGCAUCGCGCAAGCAUCCGGGAGCGGCGGAGGGGGCGGGAGGAAGGGCGAGAGGAGGAAGCGGGAUUUAAACGAAAGGCGGUGACGCCACACAAAAGAUUUCUAUAGGCUCCAGGGAGGUUACGGCCGAGGCGGCGGUGGCGAGCCCGAGGGCGAGGCGCGGACGGGAAGAGGAAAAGCUUCCAGCGGCCCCGGCGGGCGAGCGGGCGGCGGCGCACCCACGGCCGUGCUCCGAGGUGAAGCCGCGCGGGGAGAGGAAGCGGGUGUUUUCCCCUCUGCCUUUCGGCCCCCGCCCUUCCUUUCAGUUUCUCCCGGCUCGCUCGGAAGUUGGAGGUUGACAAAAAUGGCAGGAGCCGGGGCCCGGGCGGGUCUCUGCAGCGCCGCGGGGACCUUCUGAGUUGACCGGGCCGCCGGGGAGACGCGCGCGGCGGCGUCCGAUGCUCAGGGCCCGUGGUCCCGGGAGAGCUCAGCCGCUGCGGGCCCGAGGCGAGGAGGAGGCGACGGGGAUGGACUCGCGCCGACAGCCUGCGGCGGGCCGUGGGGCGCGCGGUCCGGGAGGGCGUGCCGCCUCGGCUCCGGGCCGCGCUCUGUGAACCGGCGAGGCGGGAAGGGGCCGCCGCGGCGCCCGGCACGCCCGGGCGUGGCGGGCGGGCGAGAGCGCGAGCGGGGCGGCCGCUGUGCGCAAUCAGUGCAGGCUCCCGCCCGACUGACUCGGCCGCGCCAGCACCGGCCACACCCUCGGCUCUGCUGCCGCCGCUUCCCGAGAGCGGGAGGCAGGAGAUGCCCACGGGGCGGCCGUGCGUCCCCGAGGGCCAGCCCCGGCCGCCGUCGCGGGGAAGUGCCGCCCGGCGGGGUCUGGACGCCUGAAGCCCACGUGCGCCGCCGAGCCCGAGGUGGCUGACAGCAGAGCCUGCCGGAGCCGCCGCCCGCGCUCCUCCCCGAGGAAAGGAUUUUUAUUUCAAAGAAAGGAAGGAAGGACAACUCCCAGCUUCCCUCUCCCGCCCCCCCUGCCCCGGCAGUCGGACCGGGCCAUGCCCAGGAAGGCGGCGGCGGCGGCGGCAGCAGCAGCAGCCCAGCAGAAGGGACUUUCCUGGCACUCCGGCGACGAGGAGCGCAGACUGUGAGUUUGCUCUGCCCCGGUUCAUGGUUCCUGCAAGCCCUCCAAGAGGCCGAAAGCUGCAGCCCCUCACCGCGCCCCGAAGAGCCUCCUGCGUUCUGUGGCCCCCGGGCCCGCUCCGCGCCGCCGGGGCUCCGGCAGCCGCAGCCCAGUGCCCUCUGCCCGCGGCGGUGGAUGGCAUGAUGGUGCGGGGAAGGCACCGCGGCCUUGGCCAGCUGUGUCGCGACGGCCGCGGGGGCGGCGGCAUCGGCAGCGGCGGUGGUAGCGGGCUCCCCAGCGGCAUGCCAGUGCCCCCCGGGCGCGAUGGCUAGCGGCAGCGCUGGGAAGCCCAGUGUCGAGGCGGCUUCUCCGGCUCCAGCGAGCGCCGUCGGUGGGGCCUCGUCGCAGCCGCGGAAGAGGCUGGUGUCCGUCUGUGACCACUGCAAAGGCAAGAUGCAGCUGGUGGCCGACCUGCUGCUGCUGUCGAGUGAGGCGCGGCCCGUGCUCUUCGAGGGCCCCGCCUCCUCUUGCGCCGGCGCCGAGUCCUUUGAGCAGUGCCGGGACACCAUCAUCGCGCGCACCAAGGGGCUCUCCAUCCUCACCCACGACGUGCAGAGCCAGCUCAACAUGGGCCGCUUCGGGGAGGCAGGGGACAGCCUGGUGGAGCUGGGAGACCUGGUGGUUUCUCUGACCGAGUGCUCCGCCCACGCGGCCUAUCUGGCGGCUGUGGCCACGCCGGGCGCGCAGCCCGCGCAGCCGGGCCUGGUGGACCGCUACCGCGUGACACGCUGCCGCCACGAGGUGGAGCAAGGCUGCGCCGUGCUGCGCGCCACCCCGCUGGCCGACAUGACCCCGCAGCUUCUGCUCGAGGUGUCGCAGGGCCUGUCGCGCAACCUCAAGUUCCUGACGGACGCGUGCGCCCUGGCUAGCGACAAGUCCCGGGACCGCUUCUCGCGUGAGCAGUUCAAGCUGGGCGUCAAGUGCAUGAGCACCAGCGCGUCGGCACUGCUGGCCUGCGUGCGCGAGGUGAAGGCGGCGCCCAGCGAGCUGGCGCGGAGCCGCUGCGCGCUCUUCAGCGGGCCCCUGGUGCAGGCGGUUGGCGCCCUGGUGGGCUUCGCCACCGAGCCGCAGUUCCUGGGUCGCGCGGCGGCCGUGAGCGCCGAGGGCAAGGCGGUGCAGACCGCCAUCCUGGGAGGCGCCAUGAGCGUGGUGUCGGCCUGCGUGCUCCUGACCCAGUGCCUCAGGGAUCUGGCGCAGCACCCCGACGGGGGCGCCAAGAUGUCGGACCACAGGGAGAGGCUGAGGAACUCGGCCUGCGCCGUGUCUGAAGGCUGCACCCUGCUAUCUCAGGCUUUAAGGGAGAGGUCUUCGCCCAGGACUUUACCGCCAGUGAAUUCCAAUUCUGUGAAUUAGCACCCCCCCCCCAUCCCCUCCCUGUUCCAUCCCCCCAACCCACUCCCAGGCUAAAGGAAGAUAACAUAUUUUCUGCCCUUUUCCAUUUAUACCAAAGAAAUCAACGGUGAAGCUUCCCCCCUACCCCCCCGCUCCGUUAAAUGCUCGUGAGGAAUCUUCAGAAGGCAGGGCCAUGCAUACAUGCCAUUUAUGCACGCAUUCUGAGGGCCCCUGUGCCCCACCAGCCCAAGCACAGUAGGACCAGCAGAUGGAAGAUGUGACAUCUGCUGGUUGCGGGGUUAACCCCCGCCCCCUACCCCAGCUCCCCUUCCGGGACUCCUCAACUAAAUUUUAUUAUUAAUUGGGCAGGAAGGAGGUCGUGGGUUCAUUUCUUUUUUGGUCUUUUAUUUUCUUCCCUAAUUAAAAGAAAGGUUACCUCAGUUUUCACUCCUUAGACAUGGAUGUAGCUACCUUUUGUUUGUAUGUUGUUAUUUUUUUAAGCAGUCGUGAUGGAUUAGGCGUAUACUUGGUGUGGAAAGAGUAUGACUUUGCCAUGUGAUUUGCAAAUGGGGGGAGAAAGCUACUGUGAGUGUGUGUUUUAUUUUUUAAUUUACACUAUAGAGUGAUCCCCCCCGCCCCAUGUCAAGUUUUUACCUUGCAUGUACUGGAGUAUUUAUUUCAUCUAUUAAAAUGUUAUGUUUCUCAGA